GCCAUUGUUUACUGAUCUGAAUCUCAGUCGCCUUCACUGCUCUGUGCUCCCCCGCUACCCAGCGUGUUUCUUCAAGUCAUGCAGACCUUUCGAUCUCUAAUAUUUUUCCUCAAAAUGACCAGCGUGUUUGGCUGAAUCUUCGCGGUUUAUACAGGAAAAAUACGGUAUCAUGAAAUGGAGAUCACUCGUGCCAGGCCGUCCUUGUACGGAGAAAUCGGUAAGUAGCUUACAGUUGGUCACCAACAGUAACCCAAUGCAACAAUUUAUUAAAACUGACCAGUCUUGCUAAAUGAAUUAUUGGGAAGGACAGAGAGCUAAAAACGACCGUCUUUCAUUUGCCUUCGUAUCAUGUUGAAUUGCUGGCAUAGAAGUAACAUUAUAGCUAGGUCAAAAUUAGCUAGCAUGGUUUCUAAACAGGGUUGUUGAAGUUAGUGUGAGAGCACGAUUCUACCUUUAAGCUCGUUAGUGAGGCCAGCAAGUACCUACAUGCGAGUUGUGUAACAUUACAGGUCACAGACUGUACCAAUGAAACCAGUCUGAUAGUUGACCUACUAUCAGAUUGAGCUACUGCAAAUGAACGAGGAUUCGCUCAGUAAUUAUUAUAAGCAAACGUACAUUAUAACAUAAAAUCAACUGUGUGAUAUUGUCAACAAAAACUGAAAGUCUAGAUGCAUCCUGGAAGUAGAAUUUUGCAGCCAUUGUCUGUGAUUUUCUGUCAUUGUCAUGUGCAAUACAGCAAUUCGUACACCAUUAUUUAUCAUGUGUAAUAUGGCAAUUUUCAUACCUCAUUUAUGCCACCAUUUCAUACAUUCGCAUACUCAGAACCUACUGCAUCGCUAGUUCACUUUGUAAAUAUCUCUUUUCACUUGUAAAUAUUUCUCUCACCUUAUAUUUCUUUUUUACUUAUAUUUGUCUUUCAUAUUUUUUGUAGCCUUAUUCCUUCAGUACUUGUUGUGUGUUUAAUCUGUACUCCUUUGAGUCGAGCGGUCCUCUCAUCCAGGGCAUUUCAUUGCAUUGUUGACCUUGUUUAACAUGCACAUGACAAAUAACUAAUCUUGAAUUCUCUUUGCCCAGGUUUUGAUGUCGUGCUUGGUUGGAAUAUGUUGGUAUUACUAAUUAUGAUGUCAAACUCAUCCUUAAAGCAAUCAAUCAAACCAUAUGUGUAGCAUUAAUUCAUAAAUUUAUGUCAAGACACUUAAAAGAGCAGGUCCACUUGACGUAUAUCCACAUUAAGCAAACAUCAGUAGUAAGAUAUGACUCACUUCCUACAGGCUGAAACCUGAAAGACUGUUGUGACUGUUUCAGGCAACAUUGCUGUGUCUAACAGAAGCAUAAUUAUCUCAGUACUUACUGGGUACCCCUAGUUAUACAAUUUUUUUAAUGUAAAAAACAGGGUUUUAUGUAUAAAGCCAAAAUCAAAUUUUUAGUUAUGUAAAUUUUCAGGCCUUAAUUAUAACCUGACAUAUAACAGAAUUUGUAGAAAAGUUGUUAUAGAAGCCAAGCCAAGUUGUUUUGCGGGCUCUAUGUCCGUUCAGGACAUGAAUACUGCGAUUUCACCACUGUGAUGUUAUUACUUUUUGGAUGAUUAUGACAUUUAUUAACUUAAAUAUAACAGUUUUUUUCUUGGCCUACUAUAAACCCUUCCAACCAUUUUAGGGCCUCUGUUUUUUAUUCUCCUACAAACAGAAGAAAAGAACCAAAGACAAAAAGUUCCACUAUUUCAUCUUUAAAAACAGAAAAAAUAAACAUAGACAUAAUGAGCUCGAAGGAAGAGUUCUCUAUUUCUCCACAACAAUCAUGAAUGGACUGACCCAGAAGUGUUUGUUCUUGCUUAUUUUUAGCUCAUGGUCUUGGAUUCUGGACAGACCGGUCAGCAGUGCAUGAAGCUGCAGCGCAGGGCAGGGCCCUCCAGCUGCAGCAACUGAUUGAGGGAGGAGCAGCGGUUAACAUUGUAGCCGUCGACUCCAUCACCCCCCUGCAUGAGGCAUGUAUACAAGGACAGACCCAAUGUGUCAGACUGCUUCUGGAUGCUGGUGCACAGGUGAGAUGGUGUCAUGACGGUAUGCUGCAAAGAAACACCUGACAAGAAGUUGAUGACUUUAUAUAUCAUUGUAUUAUUGGGUAGUGCUUUUUUAAACUGUUCUUUAUUUUGGCCUUUGCGCCCCCCAGGUGGAUGCUCGUAACAUCGAUGGCAGCACACCUCUGUGUGACGCCUGUGCAGCAGGUAGUCUGGAGUGUGUGAAGCUGCUGUUGGAGUAUGGCGCUGCAGUAAAUCCUCCACUCUUUACCUUCUCACCCCUUCACGAAGCUUGCAUGGGAGGUGUGUUUUAUUUCAGUACCUACAACAUCUCACAAGAAUGUGAUUCAAGCCAUGUCUUCAUCCAUCAUGAUGACUUUGUUUCAUCUGUCCUGCACUGCUGAGCCUGAUUACACACUGUUGUUAACAAGAUCCAAAAAGUGCUGGAUAAACAGUUUUCAGAUGACUACUUUGACUUUUUUUGUAGUCAGUUAGAAAAGUUUGGCCAACAGUAUUAAGUACAUAGUGAAUAUUGAGAUGACUAUGCAGUAUUGGUGUUAGAUUUUUUAAAUAUUACUGGAAAUCCUUUCAAGUUUUAGCCGUGAAAUAAAAACACUAGUACCAUUAAGAGGGGAAACAGCCAUGGUUUUGCCUACUGAGGCAGUUGAAUACACUCAAAUGAUUGCAGUAUUGAUCUGAAAGCAGACGUGUUGAAUUAGGAGAAAGCCCAGAAGUAAAACUGCAGCCAAAAUCUAUUGAACCUGACAAACAGCUCUGGUGCUCUGUGUAAAUGUUUCUACUUCUGGGAAUUUGUUUUGCAGCCAUUGAGCAUUCAAGUGACAUGAAAUGAAAAAAAAAAAUCUUCAUGAUCACAUACUCUGACAUGUAGUGCAACUAUUAAAAUGAGUUCAUAACAGUUAUCAAAUCAAUGUAGUUGUGAUUAUCUUUUGGAAAGUUUCUCUCCUGUAAAGUAAAAAAAGGCCAAUAUUAACUUAACCAACAAACGGUGUAUUAAUAAAGUAUUUCCUGACAUCCAGAAUCAUGAUCUGUUUUUAACUUUAAGUGACACAGAGCUCAGAGAGCAGAGUUUCAUUAGCUACCUUGCAAGUACCUGCACAGGACUUUUCUGUGUCAUUAAUAUUUGCCUGUGAAAAUCUGGUUCAGUUUUCCUGAAAUACUGGUCCUGCUGGCUUGGUGCCGUUGGUCUAUUCACUUUGAGGAGCUGAUUAUCUAUGAGAACUUUGAAUCAUGUUUAAAGCAUAUGUUGGGCUGCUACCUUUCAGAAACUGAGAUUGCAUCAUUGUAUGUACACCAUUGAGAUCUCACCUCAACUGUUCAGUUCUUAAAUCAAGUCCUUCCCUGACAAUACAUCCUACCUGCUCAUCCUGUUUGUCUCAGACAAAUGUGAAAUACAAAAGCCCUGUACUUUUGUAAAGCUGUUCAAUCUUAGUUUGAAAACUGUUCUUGACAAACAAAACUUGGCCUGUCUUUCUCACGACAGGUAAUUCAGACUGUGUUCAGCUCAUGAUUGACCAAGGAGCUUUCAUGGAGGCCCAUGACUGCCACUAUGGCACGCCGCUUCAUGUAGCGUGUGCAAGGCAACAUUACAACUGUGCUAAAGUUCUCCUCAAUGCAGGUAAUUGUGUAUUCAUCUUCUAUGACGUCUUAUAAGAUGAUCACCACAGUAGUUUUGUGGGUAAUCUACCAGUUUAAUUUGAUAGUUUCUUUUUUUAAUGCUGCCCAUUUUUUAGACAUUUUUUGAUUCAUUUUCUAAAUGACCAAAGACAAUUUCAGGUUUUCUUUAGGGAAGACAACAUUUCAGAUGUUCAGUGACAAAAGUAACAAAGUUAUUGUCAAGGCAAACUCUGAUGUCUCAUCUAAUUUUACAGUACUCUCAUGGAAUAAAAGGGCAAAAAUAGUAAAGAUAAGUUACGCUUGACUACAAGAAGUUGACAUUCAAGUGAGUAAAGUUACACAGAGGAUCUCUACCCCUCAUUUAUACUUUACACAUGACCAGAAGAUAGUAAUGUGUCAUCGCCUCCAAGUAAAUAAUUGACAGUUGAGUUAUCAACAUGACAUGGCAUUGACUUAUCUCCUUGCUGUGCUGCACUCUAUGAAAACACGUGUUGUGUUUGCCUUAUCUAUCACUUGAUAGAAAGAGAAAAAAAGUGUUUAAUUCAGUGUCACAUUCGCACAAAACAAGUGCUGUAACACAAGGAUGAGGAUGAUAAAAUGUUAAAGAUGUACAGGUUGGUGCUGUUUCUUUUUCAAUGCUUUUUUCCUAAUGAUAGUUUUAUCCCUUUUUGUCAAAGGGGCAAAUGUGAAUGCUGCCAAAAUCCAUGAGACAGCACUUCACCACGCAGCCAAAACAAAGAACGUGGACUUAAUUGAGCUACUCGUGGAGUAUGGGGGGAAUGUAUACGCCAGGGAUAACCUGAACAAAAAACCAAUCCACUACACCAGCCAGGGAUCUCCCUCGUAUCUCUGCUUGGAGUUCUAUGAGAGUAUGUUUGUUUCUCUUAAGUAUACAUCAAAUAAUACCUCUGUAUAGUUUAUCUAUAGACAAGAACACAGAUAAACUGUUGUCUCUUUUCAUUUCUCUUCCCCAGAUACCCCCCUCAGUCUGCAGCAGAUCAGCAGAGUGGCUUUCAGAGAGUCACUUGGAACGAGAGCAAGUGGUGCUGUUCCAAAGCUGGACUUGCCCAAUCGUAUCAUACGUUUUCUUUCUUACGCACCGCCUCCUGUUGUUGUAAUCUGGUGACUUUAUUUUUGAAAGUUAAGGUGCAGCUGGGGAGGUUGAAUCCAGAGAAAUGUCUGCAAACGUUGCAUCAGGAACUCAGAAAAUAUCCUCUGACACAGAAGGUGAAUGGAGACUUACUCAAGUUUGAAUUUUAAAGUUCAACAAAGCUACACCUGUUUAAUAAGAAGUUAUCCGGCACAGUGAAUGGAAACAAAAUUGCUUUGAUGGCUGUUUGUAGCGAUUGUGUUGUGAAAUGUGCAAUCUCAGCUUUUAAGUUGCCAUUUUUAUCAGCUGAUCUUACCUGAUAAUCUUUUCAAGCAAAACUAUGCAAGUCUCUCGUCCAAUAUACAGCUUACUCUUCGACUCUGUAGUAGCUUUUAUGCAGCCACUACAGUGUCGGGUCAGAACUAAAUUCUGUAAUUAUCAGUUUGUAGCCAAAAUCAAAGGUUUUUAAACAGAUGCAAUGGUUAAUCGAAAGACACUAUGAGACAACAUCCAGGUCAAAGUACACGGAGUCAAAUAAAAUCACACAACUGCCAGCAGAGAACAACUUACCUUCAACUUCAGCAGAAGUCUAAAAGGCCAGAUACAAAGAGUCUUUAGUAAUCCACACUAGAGAUCAUUUUCAAUAGCUCUGGAGUUUUAAUCAGUGUUAUUAAUUAAAAGUAUUGCUUAAUCAAGUUUACAUUAAGUUGUUAUGGUUGCCAUGAAUGAGUAAGUCUGAAUGUAUAAUUUGUGAAACACUGUCGAACCUAAAGGGACCAUGACAUAGUCUGAUAAGCAGGAUUUUGUUUGUAUGUAUUUGUAUAUAUUCUUUCACUAUUUAUAUUGAAUGUAAAUUUGUAAAAACUACAUAUGGCUCUACCUCUACUAAAUUAGUGUAAAUAAAUAGACCACCACUGGACUGUUUGAAUUGAAGUUAAGUGAUGUGUCCUGACUUGUAAUUAAACAUUGUGUUUAUUGUUACAAAGUUCAUUGAGCUGUUCAGGCUGAGAAAAAGUACACAAUGUCAGAAAUGCUAGCAGAAGAUUAUUAAAGCAGUCUGUAUCCACAGUCAAAUAUGAAAAUGAGGCACAGCCAUGUCGCGAUUACAAAAGUGUUGAUUCAGUCCGACCUGCAAAAAACAUGCCUCUGUCUAAAAUAGAUAGAAAUGACUGAUUUUCUUCAAUGUCAUGAACACGGCUGUUUUAAGAAAGGAGAUACACCAUCCAGCCUUAACAUAAUAACCAUCGACAGGUGAAGGGAUUAACUUCAUACAAGUGCACCUGUCAGUGGGUUGGAUAUACUAGGCAGCAGGUAAAUAUUCGUCCUUUGAUGGUGAAAUAGGGGAGUAAGAAUGUGGGUGAUUUUGAUAAGGACCAAACUGUGAUGGGUAGAUGACUUGGCCAUAAUGUCACCAAGACUGCAGCUCUUGUGGAGGUGUUCUUGUGGGUCAGUUCCCUCAAAAUGUGGUCCAAGGAAGGAAAUAACAGAGAGCCGGAGACAGAGUCUUGGGCAGCCAGGGCUCCCUGGUAUGUAUGGGAAGCAAAGGUCUGAUCCAACAAAAGAGCUGCCAGAGUUGCUGAAAAAUUUCACACAAGUUCUGGGAGAAGGGUGUUAGAAAAGUGCGUCACAGAGUGUUGUGUAUGUGGUUGUGUAGCUGCACUCAGUCACUACAGACCCCUGUCCACCGCUGUAAACUCCUACAAUUGACUUCAGAACUGGACCACUGACCACUGGAUGAGGGUAUCCUGAAGUAACACAACAAAAAGUCCAAAGUUGUUGACUUGGUCUCCAAAUUUCCAAGUUCUCUCAGUUCUCAGUAUUUUUAGUGGCCAUACUUACAAACCAUACAAGCUUUCUCCUCUCUUGUUCCCUAACAAAAAUUGGCAAGUUUGUUGGGGAGAAUACCAAAACACAUUUCUUCUGGGAAACAUCAAGCUUAAUUUGACCAAGAAGAAAGAGUUCAGGGUGCUCUGGAAAAAGGAUUGUCAGGCAGUGCACCAUGAACUGUUGCUUUUUUAGUCAGAAAGAGGACAUGAUCACUUGGCAAUGGCAGCUGAGGAACCAACAUUCAACAGUUUCUUACUUCAGCAGAUAUUUUUAGAACGAGUUUCAGAGGCUGCAACUGCUGGUGUUGUAAACCCUCUGAGAGCUAUAGAUAGAGGAGGUUAUACGGUUGACGCUGUGCCACAGGCCUCUAAAGUCAACAGGAAUAUGCUGUAGACUCGACAUUGGAAGGUCUUGACAUGCUGAUUGUUGUGUUAAGCUCUGAGAUCUGGCCCAGUCCCA